AUGCUACUACACGGAAUAACGAAUAUAAACAGCAUGCUACUACAGGGAAUAACGAAUAUAAACAGCAUGCUACUACACGGAAUAACUAAUAUAAACAGCAUGCUACUACAGGGAAUAACUAAUAUAAACAGCAUGCUACUACACGGAAUAACUAAUAUAAACAGCAUCCUACUACACGGAACAACUAAUAUAAACAGCAUGAUACUACAGGGAACAACUAAUAUAACCAGCAUGCUACUACAGGGAAUAACUAAUAUAAACAGCAUGCUACUACAGGGAAUAACUAAUAUAAACAGCAUGCUACUACACGAAAUAACUAAUAUAAACAGCAUGCUACUACAGGGAAUAACUAAUAUAAACAGCAUGCUACUACACGGAAUAACUAAUAUAAACAGCAUGCUACUACAGGGAACAACUAAUAUAAACAGCAUCCUACUACACGGAAUAACUAAUAUAAACAGCAUGCUACUACACGGAAUAACUAAUAUAAACAGCAUGCUACUACAGGGAACAACUAAUAUAAACAGCAUGCUACUACACGGAACAACUAAUAUAAACAGCAUGCUACUACAGGGAACAGCUAAUAUAAACAGCAUCCUACUACAGGGAAUAACUAAUAUAAACAGCAUGCUACUACAGGGAACAGCUAAUAUAAACAGCAUGCUACUACAGGGAACAGCUAAUAUAAACAGCAUCCUACUACACGGAAUAACUAAUAUAAACAGCAUGCUACUACAGGGAACAGCUAAUAUAAACAGCAUGCUACUACACGGAAUAACUAAUAUAAACAGCAUGCUACUACACGGAAUAGCUAAUAUAAACAGCAUGCUACUACACGGAAUAACUAAUAUAAGCAGCAUCCUACUACACGGAAUAACUAAUAUAAACAGCAUGCUACUACAUGGAAUAACUAAUAUAAACAGCAUGCUACUACACGGAAUAACUAAUAUAAACAGCAUGCUACUACAGGGAACAACUAAUAUAAACAGCAUGCUACUACACGGAAUAACUAAUAUAAACAGCAUGCUACUACACGGAAUAACUAAUAUAAACAGCAUGCUACUACAGGGAACAACUAAUAUAAACAGCAUGCUACUACAGGGAAUAACUAAUAUAAACAGCAUGCUACUACAGGGAACAACUAAUAUAAACAGCAUCCUACUACACGUAAUGACUAAUAUAAACAGCAUUCUACUACACUGGGUUAUAUAG